AUGGAUGAGAACGAGCACCCAGAUGAUCAGGAUUUCCCGGACCCCACCAACGACGAGAUCUACGAGAGCUUCAUCCAGACCAUGGGCAUCGACUUGGACGAGGAGGCUCAACUGCACACGCCUAGCUUCCGCACAAACAAUACAAUUGCCGUUGAUUUGGUGCAGGAGCAACCUGAGCAACCCGACGAAGGGCAGAAUGAUGAUUUGGUCAAUCACGACAUGCAGGAGGCCAAGGAGGAGCCGGUACAUCCAUUUCCUGGCAAGCCGGAUCGUUCGACCCGGCCGAUCAAUCCCCAUGCCCAGAGGCUGGUGCUGGCCAGCAAGCAGCCAGUGGAGUAUCAGAAGCCCAAAGGAAGCCCAAAGAGCAAAGCAAAGGCCAAAGCAAAGGCGAAAGCAAAGACCACCCCCAAGAAACCCAAGGCAAAGGCCAAAGCAAGGACCAGACAAGAUGGAAGCGUAACCCCCUACACAGCCGCUUUUGAGUCGUUCAAGGAACAGCCACCAAGCCGCACAUAG